AUGUGGUACGUGAAUCUUUCCAACAACACUUUCAUCAGUUUCCAAACAUCAAAGAAAAAACAAGGACUAUCCUCUGUCCGGAAACCAUUAUUGAGGUACUUGCUUGGCUCCAACAACAACUUCACCGGAAAGAUUCCUUCUUUCAUAUGCGAGUUGCGUUCUCUAGAGACUCUCGAUUUAUCUGAAAACAACUUUAAGGGUUCAAUCCCUUAUUGCUUGGGAAAUCUCAAGAGUAAUCUUUCACAUCUAAACCUUCGUCAGAAUAAUCUAGGUGGAAGUCUUCCAAAGCAUAUAUUUGAAAGUCUAAGGUCGCUUGACGUCGGUCAUAACCAACUUGUGGGAAAGCUUCCAAGAUCUUUGAAUCGUUUCUCUACUCUUGAAGUUUUGAACGUAGAAAGCAACAAAAUCAACGACACGUUUCCCUUCUGGUUGGGUUCUCUACGAAAGCUAAGAGUUCUUGUCCUUCGCUCCAAUGCAUUCCAUGGACCAAUACAUCAAGCCUCGUUCCCUCAGUUGCGAAUCAUCGACAUUUCACAUAAUCACUUCGAUGGAACUUUGCCAUCAAAUUACUUUUCGAAGUGGACUGCUAUGUCAUCACUUGGGCCCGAAGAAGAUCACUCUUCCGAAAAGUACAUGGGAGAUGGAUCAAGCUAUUACUAUGAUUCAAUGGUUUUGAUGAAUAAAGGUGUAGAGAUGGAGCUAGUACGUAUCUUAAAAAUCUUAACAGCAAUCGACUUUUCGGGUAACAAAUUUGAAGGAGAGAUACCAAAGUCCAUCGGUCUACUGAAAGAGCUUCGUGUGCUUAACUUGGCAAACAAUGCAUUCACUGGCCGCAUCCCUUCAUCUAUGGGGAAUCUGACAGUUCUCGAGUCGUUGGAUGUUUCCCGAAACAAGCUUUCAGGAGAAAUUCCACAAGACCUAGGGGAGCUCUCGUUCCUUGCGUACAUGAACUUCUCUCAUAACCAGCUUGCAGGCCUAGUUCCAGGGGGCACUCAGUUUCGGACGCAGCGUUGCUCUUCUUUCGAGGACAAUAUGGGACUUUUUGGCCCUUCUUUUGAUGAAGUUUGCAGAGAUAUUCACACAGCACCAGCAUCACAUCAACAAUAUGAAACGUCGGAAUCAGAGGAAGAAGACGAAGAAGAGGUGAUUAGUUGGAUAGCAGCUGCAAUAGGAUUCGUACCUGGUAUUGUAUCUGGUUUGACGUUUGGAUACAUAUUGGUUUCCCACAAACCAGAGUGGUUCAUGAACCCUUUUGGCCGAAACAAUCGUAAAGGCAGAAGCACCACAACUCACUAG